GCGGAUUACAAUGAAAGUGAACGACAGCAGCAUUACAGCACACUUGGUUUGUACUGUGUAUACAAUGCUGCGUGAAGCAGGCGGGACGUAUAUAGUAACCGCUCUCCACGCUUUCUUCACUUCCGCGUCUGUUUAUGCAGGUAAAGGACGAAUAUUUUAAGAUAAUGGAAGAUAAAAAGAGUUGCACAGGUCCUCUUAUGAUUGCGUUGCAAUAUAAUGACCUAUUUGACUUGGACUCAGUCUCAACGUCCAUAAACACAGAUGCACUACCCAAAGGCAGAGCAUUCACUUUUAUUAAGGCUGUGCAAACGGUGAAUGAAAGACUUUUGGAAAAGAACAAGACCGAAUCUUUGCUUUUUGAAGUGAUUCUCGUUGCAAAGGAGUGUUCCGAAGAAAUCAAACUGAAGAUAGUUGAGAGUGUGAAGCAUUAUGGUCUAGAAAUAGGCAAAUUUUUCUUUUGCAAAAAAGAAGAACUCAUAAAUACUCUUCAGUCAAACAAGGUUAAGCUGUUCCUCUCUACCGACAAGAAUGAUGUCAAUGAAGCUCUGCAUUCAGGAAUUCCAGCUGCUUUGCUGUACGACCAGGCAGAUGAUCACGUCCUCAAUCAGCUAAAGGUCAUUUUCUCAGGUGACGUUAUUGGUUUCUCUGAGGAUUCGUUUGAUAGUCUUUCAGAUUUUGGAUUCAGUGAAACCCAAAUAGAGACCUUCAAAGCAGCAAAGAUCUGCAUGAAGGAGUUUGCCAUUCUGAUCGGUGAGAUGAGAAGGAAGUUUGGGCAAGAAAACAGCCCGCUGUGCACUUGUGUCUUAACCUCGUGGGGCUCUAGAAACGUCUGUGCGUCUGCCUUGAAAACUCUUCGGGAAUGGGGUCUGGAUGCGGACGUAGCGUUUUGUCUGGCUGGAGCUCCCUGCAACCCCAUACUGGCCGUAGUUAAACCCCACAUAUUGUGGGACGGCGGUUUUCACAACAUGAGGGACUUGUCCACCCAGUCCUGAGAGUCAGUAGGACUAUGUUGGACACAAGUGUGGCUUACGUUUCAUUUUAAUCAGGUGCCAAUUUGGUUUUCUUGCUGUUACACUUGAUUUUGCAUAUUAUUUAAAAAGGUUGUAAAAUAAGAAGCAUCCAUUUGGGGUGAUUUGGUUUAAUAGUGAAUCACAGCACUAUAUAUAUAUAGAUUUUUUUAGGGGUUUCUAUGAAGCUUUUCUAUGUUGUAGUACAAAAACAAUAGUACAUGCUUGACUUGGAAUCAAUUAAAAAGAAGUUUAAAUACC